AUGGAACAGUCCCCCGCUACUCUGUCUUCUCCUGGCGUUGAGCAGGAAGAAGUUUUUCCUUAUCCAGAAAUUAACAACGAAGAACUAGAGGAGAUCAACCAGCUUGUGGGACCUGUAGAAAAAUUCUUCAAUGAAGAAGUGGACUCUAAGAAAAUUGAUCGAGAUGCAAAAAUCCCACCUGAAACUUUAAAAGGACUGAAGGACCUGGGUCUCUUUGGCAUGCAGAUUCCGGAGGAAUAUGGUGGUCUUGGUCUAUCAAAUACCAUGUAUGCACGUUUGGGAGAAAUCAUUUCUUUAGAUGGAUCUAUAGCGGUUACUCUGGCAGCUCAUCAAGCUAUUGGGCUUAAGGGAAUCCUCAUUGCUGGCACUGAAGAACAAAAAGCAAAGUACCUGCCUAAAUUGGCAUCUGGGGAGCACAUUGCAGCUUUCUGUCUCACAGAACCAGGAAGUGGAAGUGAUGCUGCAUCCAUUCAGACAAGAGCAGCCCUCAGUGAAGAUGGGAAAUACUUCUUAUUAAAUGGCUCCAAGGUUUGGAUAUCAAAUGGUGGUCUCGCUAAUAUUUUCACAGUAUUUGCUAGAACAGAAAUUGUUGAUAAAGAUGGAACGCUAAAAGACAAAAUUACUGCUUUCAUCGUAGAGCGAGAUUUUGGUGGAGUCACCCAUGGGAAACCUGAGGAUAAACUGGGGAUUCGAGGAUCGAAUACAUGUGAAGUACAUUUUGAAAACACAAAAGUGCCUAUAGAGAAUGUUAUUGGAGAAGUAGGAGGGGGAUUUAAGGUUGCCGUGAACAUCCUAAACAGCGGAAGAUUUAGCAUGGGCAGUGCGACUGCUGGAAUGGUUAAAAAAUUGAUAGAAAUGACAGCAGAGUAUGCUUGCACCAGGAAACAAUUCAAUAAGAAACUGAGUGAAUUUGGAUUAAUUCAGGAGAAGUUUAAUUUGAUGGCUGUGAAAGCGUAUGUAAUGGAGAGUAUGGCUUACCUCACGGCAGGAAUGAUGGACAAGCCGGGACUUCCAGAUUGCUCACUGGAGGCAGCCAUGGUCAAGGUGUUCAGUUCUGAAGGUGGAUGGGUUUGUGUAAGUGAAGCCCUGCAAAUUCUUGGAGGCCUUGGCUACAUGAAAGAUUACCCCUAUGAACGCUACCUCAGAGAUGCCAGGAUACUUCUGAUUUUUGAGGGAACAAACGAAAUUCUGCGAUUGUAUAUUGCUUUGACGGGUAUGCAAUAUGCAGGCAAAAUCUUAACUGAAAAAAUUAAAGAAAUCAAGAAAGGCAAUGUAAGCGUGGCACUGGAGGAAUUUUUAAGCAAAUUCCGGGACGUGAUGGGCAGAAAAGUGGAUUACGGGCUAGUUGGUGAACGCGGAGUAGUGCAUCCCAGUCUUGAGGCAAGUGGCAAGAAGCUUGAGGAAAAUAUUCAUUAUUUUGGAACAUCAGUGAAAGGCCUGCUAAGCAGGUUUGGUAAGACGAUAGUGGAUGAGCAGCUGGUUCUGAAGAGAGUGGCAGAUAUAGUUAUUAAUUUAUAUGCAAUGACAGCAACUAUUUCCAGAGCUAGCCGGUCUAUCAGUAUCGGUCUAAGAAAUCAUGAUCAUGAGGUGCUUCUUACAAAUAUCUUCUGCACAGAAGCAUAUUUCAAGAAUAAUUAUGCCAUAGCUCAAUUAGAAAAAUAUGCAGACGAAAACCUGGAUGACAGUAUUAAAAAAGCUGCAAAACAAGUACUGGAAAAGAGAGCUUAUAUAUGUUCUCAUCCCCUGGACAGGACGUUCUAAUUACUUCACUGACAGCAAAUGAACUGCAGAAAAUUACUUAUUGUUCAUUUACAAUCAUCAGGUCAAAUGACUUGACACCUUAAAAAUAACUAUUAUUUCAUGAGUUUAGCAACUGUAAUUUGCUGUAACUGUGUAAAAUAAAAUUUUCAAACCCAACUUCAUAUAAAGACGACUAAUAAAGAAAUUUUAUUUAAAUCUCCAGUUGUCUUACUAAGAUGUAUGCCUCUGUUUCCCUUCGAGCUAAAUAAAAAUGGUUAAGGUUCA